AUGUAUUUACUUCAAGCUGCAUUCAUCCUCUCUUUAUACUCUUUCUGCUCCUCUAAUAUUAUGCAGCCGUCUGAACUGGAAACAUUGGAAGGAGAAGACUUUACACUCAGAUGUGACCAUCCAUCUUUCACCGGUGCUUAUCCUUUGCUGUGGUACAAGUUAUUACCUGGGAGGGGACCAGUACUCCUUAUCAGUGAAUACUACAACACUAAGUCAUCGGAAAAGAAUUACGCCAUAAUCUUCAGUGAUGACAAGAAAUACAGCGAUCUCAAAAUACAAAGUGUCAAACCUGAAGAAAGCGCAGUGUAUCUUUGUGCUCACAUUGGCAGAGGAACCAUGGUGACUGUGAUGCCCAAAACAGCCCGAACAACCCCUUCCGUGUAUAAGCUGAAGUCUGAAAAGUCAGAAGAGGGUCUCCCGGACACAGUGUGCCUGGUUACUGAUUUUCCAUCCCCAAAUAAAACAUUGAAGGUAGAUGACCAGGUUAUAACACUGAAUGAUGAAGCUGUGCUGGAUAAGUCCACUACUGAUGUAUGGAGAUACAGUGCAGUCCUAUGGGAUAACGACAAUCACGACAAGAACCGCGCCUGUAAAGUAGAAUAUGAUGAAAACGCUGUCUCCCCGGAAGAUGAAACACCUCUUGCUGUCAAUGAACGUUUACAAACAAGCCCAGGCAUGAACACUUUGUCAAUGACAGUACUUGGACUGAGGAUGCUUACAGUCAAAGCUAUCAUCUAUAACCUAAUAAUAACCUGUCGCCUUUGGACAUCAUAAGGAGUCACUUGGGCUCAGAUCAGCAUCACCUACAAGAGAAUCAUCACUCAUCUUUAUCAGUUCUAUUCUAUGAAAUGAAAUCUUCAUUGUCGCUCUGAAGCUGUAUAUAUGUACUUAUAGUGUGCCAUGUAUUGUCUAAAUAUGGUUCCAUGAAUAUCUAAAGUUGCUUUGAUAACCCUACAAUCAAAAGUAAUAUCUCAAUAUACACAGUUGUAAUUUACAUAUGCAGUUACUAGUACUUAGUAUAUCCUAAUCUCUCUAUAAAUGUUAUGUCUAUACUGUAUACUUGUAUUAUAAAUGUUGCUUUUAUACAAUAUAAAAUAUAUUAAAAAGAUUUUAUUAAAGCAUUUAU